AAAGACGACAGUGUGUGAGUCUCCAAUCUGUUCCCCAUUUCAAAUAAGCAAUGGAAAAUCAGCCAUCAAAUGGAAGAAAGGCAAUAGAAGAAGAACUAAUCAAAGGGCGUGACAUAGCAAACCAGUUACUUGAAAUACUUGCUCCUAAAUCCAAUACUACUCAACAUAAGGGUGUAGAAGUGGAAGCGUUAGUGUUACCAUUUGCUGAAGAUCUUGUUCGCAAGGUUCUCAGAUCACUCACAAAUACCCUUUUGCUAUUGAACACUCAUAGUGAUCAUGUCUCCGAUGAGGUUGUUUUGCCUGUCACUAUCAAAGGUGUCUCUUCGUCCGUGAAAUGCCAAAAGCCUGAGUAUAAGGAUGAGUCUUUCAACGCUAAAAGACGAAGUGGGAGCUACAAGAGAAAAUCAAGUGCACCAACAUGGGAGAAGAACAGUUCAAUUCUGAUGGAAGAUGGCUAUGCAUGGAGAAAGUAUGGACAAAAAAUGACAAUGAAUGCAAAAUACCUCAGGAACUACUACAGAUGCACUCACAAGUAUGAUCAGGGUUGUCUAGCAACCAAACAGGUCCAAAGAAUUCAAGAAGAUCCUCCGUUGUACCAUACAACUUAUUAUGGCCAUCACAAUUGCAAAAGCUCUUUAAUGUUGGAACCAGCUUCUUCUUCUGACUCUUCUAUGUUUCUUAGUUUCAGUAACACCUUCCCAAGCAAAGCAGAAUACCCAUUUUCAUCAUCACUUUAUUCAUCCAUGAAACAGGAGCCUAUGGAAGUGAUUCAUGAAGACCAUAUUGUUCACAACCAAUUACCCUCAUCAGAUUACCACAUGUUAUGUGACUAUGAUCUUGAUUUUAAUUAUUCGAGGUAUGGUACUAUGCUAUCCUCCACUGAAUCUGUACAAUUUGAUGAAGUUUGUCGGAGUGAUCAGGAAUUUGAUGGCUAGGCAUGUUUCGGAUUCUACAUAUAUAAUUUAUUUAAAUUUGUAAGGGGAAUGCAUUGGUAAGUUCAUCUUCGAACAGAGCUUAAUUACUUGUAUGCUUUAUAGUUAAUUAAGAAAGCCUUUACAGUUUACAGUGAUUGAGGGACCUAUAUUAGUAGCUAGGUAGGAAACUCAUUCUCUAAUAUUAUACGUCCCUGCUCACAGUUUGGUUCCUGAAUUUAAAUGUGUAUUUUGCUUUUAAUUUCUUCCGAGAAAGAUAUAUUCAUCACCUUUUUCUA